AUGCAACACCAAUCAGGAAAGGUCAACGGUGGAGCUGUCGGCGACGCUAGCGGGCCGCUCGCCGCCUUUGGUGGAACGCCGCCGCCCACAUCUCCACCCGGCGCCGAAUCCACGGAAUCGUCCAGGAACACUCUCGCAUGCAAGCAAUUUGGCUAUAUAAGCGCCUCGCUUUUCUCUUCGAAUCCAAACUCCAGUAUCGAGUACCUACCUACAGAAAUCUUGAAGCAUCCACUCAGCUUGAACAUCUCAAUCGACCCUCGGCAAUGGCAUUCCAGACCCCCUUCAAGUACACCCCACAAGCUACAGGGCCGCCGGGUCCUCGUCCUCGGCGGUUCAUCCGGCAUCGGUUUCUGCAUCGCAGAGGCCGCAGUCGAGCAUGGCGCAUUUGUCAACGUCAGCAGCUCCAACCAGAGCAAACUCGACUACGCCGUCUCCCGUCUCCAGAGCCACGCCACAGCCGUUGGUGUUUCUCCCGGCGACACGCUUGGCCAGAACAUCAAUGACCUUCUCGAGUUCGCCACCAAGAACGGCAAGCUGGGCCAUGUUGCCUUCACUGCGGGCGACCUCUCGUCCUACCCAAGCUGGACGACGUACAUCAACCAGAGCGUUCAGAGCUCGCUCACUCUCACUAGCGGCACUGCUUCCCGGCGACCAACGGCAGCCUUUUCCAUUGUGGCUGGAACUGGAGCAGGUCUUGAAGGCCUUGCUCGCGGAUUCGCAGUCGCUCUCAAGCCGGUUCGUGUCAACGCCAUGCAGCCUGGUGCGGUGCACACGGAAUUGUUUAGUAGUAUUACAGCGGAGAAUCUGCCGGCUAUUGCGGAGAGUUUUAAGCGUGAGAAUAUCACGGGGACAGUGGGCACGCCAGAGGAAGUUGCCGAGGCAUACAUUUACUGCAUGAAGGAUUCGUUUGCCACUGGCGGCGUGGUUGAGUCGAAUGGUGGGCUAUUGAUUGGAAGUUUCAAGGAUGAGUUCAAGCUCAAUUGA